UUCCAUAUGGAAUACGUAUUGUCGGCUACAUAUAGCAACUGCUGGAUUUUAUUCUUUGAAUGCGAUUUAUGGAUCAUCUAAGAAGUUCAUUCAUACAAAGAAUUUAUUCUUGCAGCGUCAUCUAUGUACCGUAGCAUGAACUAGUAUGACUCGUUCUCAUAUUGUCUUCACGCUGUAACUCAUGUCGGAGGUCGAUAGAAAGAAUGGUGUGUCACUUUUUGGAUAUCUGCGAGAAGUUAUAGUUAGAGAGUUUAUGAGUUGAGUAUGUUUGCUGCUAAACGCAAUAUGCUUUCGGGCUUAGAUUACAGACAGUAAAAACUGUUCUUAAUGUUCAAACAUUAUAAGGACCUAAGUGAUGUGGUGUCGUUGCUCGUGUACUGCCCGACCGAGCACUCGUUCCUCCUCUCGAAGGAGACCAGCGGGGAGUACUGGAUACCGUCCAGCAGAGUCGAUGGUGACUGCUGGAAGUUAACUGCUAGUAAAAUAUAUUACGAUUUAUUCGGCGUUGAAACAGUCAAUCCGUGCGUUCCCCUUAGAAUAUACAAAGUGUGGUUGCCGAACCACCCGCUGUCGGCCGUGUACCAUGCAAUUUACAAGACUUGUAUCAAGCCUGAUCUGAAGAAAAAAUUAAAAAUAAAGCAAAACCUGCGCUCGCGGCUGUCAUGGUUCAACCACGUGGAGCUGGACCGGCAGCGCGCGCACGCCAUGCUGCGCAGCCCCGAGCUCGCCAUCUUCACGCAAAUGGCCAUGGGGGAACAAAUCAAGGAGUUCGAUGUGGAGUACGACACGGGGAUCCUGAUAGAGAUAUGUGAGAGCAACCUCAUCCUGUCUCCGGACGUGGGCGCCGGAGCCGCCGCUCUGUCCUCGCCCAAUUAUCAUCUCCUUAUAGCUGCCAAGUAUACUAAAGAAGAUCAAAUACGCCUGUACCGGGAGUUCGUGGUGCUGUCGUUCCCAGCAGUGUACAUGAGUCCGCACAUGUUCACCACCUUCAUGGUGGAUCUGGGCUGGCAACGACCACAGUGCCAUAAUCUUUUCAGGGCAGCAGACAUAACGGGGCGCGGAGGCCUGUCGUUCCUGGAGCUGAUGCUGUGGUGCGCCGCCAUGGAGCCUGCCACACAGCACAGCGGCGUGCCGGCAGAGAUACGCUGCCGGUACAUUUUCAGAUUCUUCGACAGCAAUCGGGACAUGAAGUUGGAGUACGUAGAGUUUAAAGAGCUGGUGGCGGCGGCGCGGGUGGCGCGCCAGCUGCCCGUGGACGCGCUCAGUGUAGCCAAGGACGCUGACGUCUGCCUCAGGCAACUGGGUAUCCAACCAAACUCGCAGAUCCCCCUGACGGAGUUCCUGCGCGGCGUGGGUGAGCUGCGACUGCGUGGGACCAGCUCCAUGCUGCGCGCGCCACGAAGUGUCUCCGGGUAUCUCGUCGACUUGCAAGAACGCGAACGCGAGAUAAGCCCCAAUACUUCGCCGGAAACUUCUAAAUUACACUUAGGGCAAACGUGCACGAUGGGCAAUAUGUCCCACGUGGGCGACACGUCGCAGAUGUCGCCGGGCGGCACGCCGCUGCGGCGCCCGGGCCAGCGGCCCGACUACAACGUCGCCGUCUACACGGUGCGCCUGCGCAGAGAUGUCCCCAAUGAGAUGCUCGAGCUCACUACCUUUAACGAAGAUGCGGUGACAGCAUCAACGGCGCGGCUGGUGACGCUGAAUGUGACUUGUGUCAACUCUACCCACGUGCUCGGGCCGCGCACCUGCCCCGUGGAGGCGAUGGCCGCCGUUCACUACUUCGCCACUCAAGUCGACAAGGGAUCCGGAAGACGCAUGUCAGUGGCGACGAACAACUCGACGGUGGUGACCAAGUGCGCGUGGGCAUGGGCCACGCCGUCGGAGGAGGCAGCCAUGGGCGCGCUGCUGCUGCGCCUGGCCGACGCCGUGCGACCUAUCUGCGCAGAGGAACCACGGCUGCUGCGGAUUAAUUCUCCGGUGUAUGUUAUAGGUGACCUCCACGGCAAUUUGAACGCGCUUCUAACCCUGGAGACAGCACUGUGGCCCUCCGGAGCUGCGCUGGCGCCCGCGAAGAUGCUCUUCCUCGGGGACUUCGUGGACCGAGGGCCGCACGGUACCGAGCUCAUGGCAUACCUGCUAGCGGCCAAGCUGCAACGACCGCACGGCGUCUUGCUCAUCCGAGGGAAUCAUGAGACAAGAGACAUACAGAAAAUGUUCACCUUUUACACAGAAUGUAUGAACAAAUACGGAGAAGUAGAAGGUGCAAAGAUAUGGAAUGCGAUAAAUCAAGUGUUCGAUGUGCUGCCUCUUGCUGCCGUUGUAGAUGAGAAGGUGUUCUGUUGCCACGGCGGUAUCCCCCCGCCCUGGGUGUGCCCGCUGGUGUCGGCUAUCGACAAGGUUCCUCUACCAUUGCCGCGCCCGGCCGAGCAGAGUACCAUCGCCUGGGAACUGCUGUGGAACGAUCCAAUCAAACCGAAUAAGAUGACGACAUCUCUGGCGCUGGAGCUGACUGCGAACGAAGGGUUCGCGGCCAACUCGAAACGCGGCACGGGCCACGUGUUCGACCAGACCGCCAUCGACCGGUUCUUGCUCUCUAACCAGCUCUCGCACGUCGUACGAGCACAUGAGCUGCACCAGAACGGAUUUAUGUGCCAGCUGCGCGGGCGCCUGGUGUCGAUAUUCUCGUCGUCGCACUACUGCGGUGGCACCAACGACUCCGGCGCCGUGCUGCUUGAAGGCGGGAAACUAAGGCUCAUACGCGUUGGCAUCGGAACGACUUACUAAGUUUACACUCGACUUGUGACGUUGACAAUAUUAUCGUUAAUGUCCUAAGCUUGUGGCGGCAACAAAAUUCAGAACGCCUAAAUUCAGUGGUAGCGAAGACUCGAGAUCAACUGAAAUACCUCAGAAUCGGUUCUACGGCGUUCAACGAAAUAUGAGUUGAUUCUCGAAAUUGUCAAA